UGAGAAAGACGGUCGAAUCCAUAUCAGUUUGGGCAGAAAUCUACAGCGUCUAUAAUAUUGCCAAAUAUGUCUUCAAAUGCUCCCGUGGUUUGAAGAAUGAAUGAAUGCCACAUCACAAACAGUGUACGGCUCCAAAAGAACACCCUCUCCGAAGAGAAUGGUGUACGCGAGACUAGAGGGAUGGAUGCUCGAGAGGAGGGGGAUGCUCGAUAGGAGGGGGAUGCUCCAAGAAGGAUGCUGUGUGGUAGGGUAGCGCUGUCGUACCACGUUAGCCUUGUGCACAUAACAGGGUUAGGUUGUAUUCUAAACUGGGUAGGUGACCACAGAACAAUUUUCAUAGACCGGAUUUAACACCUUUUGAUUCUUUUUUUUUUUAACACGGUCACAACCUUAUUAACAAAUAAAUACAGUUGAGGUCAACUGGGAAAACGCCAACCUUCUCUACCAAAGCUCUCAAUUUGGAGGAAAAUAUUCUGUCUGUAGCUGAUAAAGGAGCUGUCCGUGGCGCUGAAUUCCAGAUCCACAGAUAUCCCCAGUGCACACCCAUGCCCUUGUGCCACUCCUGAUAUCUCCCGUUCCUAGCAGCAACCAACCUCACCGCCAGAGCCAAGAUGGAUGACGGCUACGGACGAGACGGACGGCAGGACUUCAUCCGCGGCGCCAAAGACAUCGCUAAGGUGGUGAAGAAGCAGGCGGGCAAGAAGGUGGGCCGCAGUGUGGACAAAAUGGCCGACGAGUACACCAAGCGCUCAUACAAGCGCUUCGAGGAAGAGGACGAUGAUGACGACUACCCCGUUCAGCAGAGCCAAGAUGGCGACGGCUACUACCGCAACGACAGCCGGGCCAACGACGACGAGGGUGGCCACAGCGACUCCACGGAAGGUCACGACGAAGACGAUGAGAUCUACGAGGGCGAGUACCAGGGGAUCCCCCGGGCGGAUUCCGGCAAAACGGGUCCGGUGGACGGGAUGGCCCCCCAAGCUCAGAUCAGGGACCUGGCCCAGUUCGAGGCGGAGAGGAGGAAGGAUCAGGAGGAGCUGGCCCAGCAGUACGAGACCAUCCUGCAGGAGUGUGGCCAUGGGAAGUUCCAGUGGACGCUGUACUUUGUGCUGGGGCUGGCCCUCAUGGCAGACGGUGUGGAGAUCUUCGUGGUGGGCUUUGUGCUGCCCAGCGCAGAGAAGGACAUGUGUCUGUCAGAGGAAAGCAAGGGCAUGUUGGGUCUUAUUGUGUACCUGGGGAUGAUGGUGGGGGCCUUCCUGUGGGGCGGCCUGGCCGACCGGAUUGGACGGCGACAGACCCUCCUCAUCUCCCUCUCCAUCAACAGUGUGUUUGCCUUCUUCUCCUCCUUCGUUCAAGGAUACAGCUCCUUCCUUUUAUGCCGUCUGCUUUCCGGCGUGGGCAUCGGUGGCUCCAUCCCCAUCGUGUUCUCCUACUACUCUGAGUUCCUGGCCCAGGAGAAGAGAGGAGAGCACCUCAGCUGGCUCUGCAUGUUCUGGAUGAUCGGUGGCAUCUACGCCUCUGCCAUGGCCUGGGCCAUCAUCCCCCACUAUGGCUGGAGUUUCCAGAUGGGCUCUGCGUACCAGUUCCACAGCUGGCGUGUGUUUGUGUUGGUGUGUGCCUUCCCCUCUGUGGCAGCCAUCUCUGCCCUCACCACAAUGCCCGAGAGCCCACGCUUCUUCCUGGAGAAUGGGAAACACGAUGAGGCUUGGAUGAUUCUGAAGCAGGUCCAUGACACCAACAUGAGGGCGAAGGGCUACCCAGAGAGGGUCUUCUCUGUGACCACCAUCAAGACAGUUAAGCAGAUGGAUGAGCUGGUGGACAUGGGAGAGGGCACCGCCUGGUACCAGAGAUGGAGGAUGAAGCUGGCUGACCUGUUCAACCAGGUGUGGGGCAACUUCCUGGCCAUAUUCUCUCCUGAGUACCGCCGCACCACUCUCAUGAUGAUGGCUGUGUGGUUCUCUAUGUCGUUCAGUUACUAUGGGCUGACGGUGUGGUUCCCUGACAUGAUCAAGUAUCUCCAGAAGCAGGAGUACUCCUCGCGCACCAAGGUCUUCAUCAAGGAGAAGGUGGAGCACGUCACCUUCAACUUCACCCUGGAGAACCAGGUGCACCGCAACGGAGAGUACUUCAACAACAAGUUUAUGAAUCUGAAGAUGAAGUCCAUGGUGUUCGAGGAUUCUCUGUUUGAGGAGUGCUACUUUGAAGACAUCACCUCCAGCAACACCUUCUUCAAGAACUGCACCUUCAUCGCCACCCUUUUCUACAACACAGAUCUGUUCAAGUACAGGCUGAUCAACAGCAAACUGGUCAACAGCACCUUCCUGCACAACAAGGAGGGCUGCAUGCUUAGCGAUUUCAGUGACGAGAACAGUGCCUACAUGAUAUACUUUGUCAGCUUCCUGGGCACCCUGGCCGUGUUGCCUGGCAACAUCGUGUCGGCGCUGCUCAUGGACAAGAUCGGACGGCUGAGGAUGCUGGCGGGCUCCAGUGUGAUCUCUUGUGUCAGCUGUUUCUUCCUGUCGUUCGGCAACAGCGAGUCGGCCAUGAUCGCUCUGCUCUGUCUGUUCGGGGGCAUCAGCAUCGCCUCCUGGAAUGCCCUGGACGUGCUGACGGUGGAGCUCUACCCUUCUGACAAGAGAUGCACAGCGUUUGGCUUUCUAAACGCCCUCUGUAAGCUGGCAGCCGUGUUGGGCAUCAGCAUCUUCACCUCUUUCGUGGGCAUUACCAAGGCUGUGCCCAUCCUGUUCGCCUCCGGGGCGCUUGCAGCGGGCAGCUUCCUGGCGUUCAAGCUGCCGGAGACGCGGGGCCAGGUGCUGCAAUAGUGUGGCCACACCCCUAGGGGGCGACAUGGGGGGUCAGAAUGAGUAAGCCACACUGUGAACAACAAGUAGCCCAAGAAACCCCUAAACUCUCCCCUGUACGCCCCAUUGAAGUCAGAGCCUAUUCACAGGAAUCAGUUCAAUGCAGAUGCUGCACAGAUCUACUAAGCUGUAAAUAUUGUGGAUUGCCUGAUAUUGGAUGUACUGUUUAGAUAGACACCUCGAUACUACUAAGAUCUGUGGAACUGUGCUGCCGAUGCUUGACAUUGAUCCCCAUGAAUAGACUGUGAGUUGGUAGAGAAAGGGAAGUGCAACCAAACUCUGCCCCUAGACCAACAUAAGCUGUUCCAACUUGAAUCCUUGUUCAGUGUAAUCGUAAUCACUGAGUGUAUGUGUUUAGGAGGGUUGAGGAGGUAGUUUAGAUGCAGGUCCCCAAAAUGAAGACUGAUUACUGGGGUUAUGGGGUAGGGACAUGGGGUCUAGUUUAUGAGCCAUGCCAAUAGCCCGUAAUAGAAAUUACCACUAGCCAUCCAAUCCAUAUUCACACCAAUUUCUCAGAUAAGCUCAGCUCACUUCCCAUCUACAUGAGUCUACAUUGCUAUGGUAGAACGUCAGUCAAAAAUGAUACGUUAUGCCUUGAUUUGAACCAUUUUUGACUUAAUGGGUAAACCAAAACAUUUAGUUAAACCAAGGCCUCUCCUCAUUAUCAUACCUUCCAAGGUCUUGUGUUUAUUUUAUGUAGAAAAUAACUGCCAUUUUAUAGAUUUUAGAACAUUCCAGGUUUACUUUCAUUAUGGUUUGAAUGAGACUGUUGACAAAAGUGAUCUGUUGAGCUUUUUCCCUUUAAAACCUUCUUUCUAGCCGUUCUAACGUUUAAAAGCCCACAGUUCAAUCGUCAUUCUUGCUUCAUAUAUCCUGUAGUAACAAAUGCCUUCUUUGUUCCAUCUGUCAUAGGUUUUAUAUUUUGCUCUUAAAAUGUGUUUUUGGAAAGUGGUAUGCAUGUAACUAAGUAUGUAAGUGAAUUUGUGGACAAUUUGCUAGAAAGAUAGAACACAAUACGAAAAUGGCAUUUAAGUGUGUCAUGUUACUGUACAUCAAUAAGUCAGAUGUUAGAUGUUAUAUCCUGUCCUUUUACGAGGGAAAUCACACUGCCUAUGAUAUAAUUUGCCUGUUCUAACAUUGACCUUGGAUUUCUGGAACAUUCUCGCAACCCUUAAACACAUCAAACCAUUUUAAUGUGCACAACUGAAACAUCCGUUUUCAUUUUUUGUGAUAUUGUGAAACAGGAACUAGAUGUUCAAAGUGGAGCGAAAAUCUCCAAAAUAAUGAAGUUGAAAAUAAUACACAAAGAUAUGGAAAGGAUAUACUAAACUUCAGUGAAACAUUGCAACAAUGUGAUAUAUUUUCAGUAGAUUCCAUUUUAUAUUUGUUUUGAGUUUUAAAGAUAUUAAGAUAUAUUUACUUUUGGGUGCAAUAUAUGUGUUUCAAAAGAGACUAUAGUGGUAAGGACAUGUAUGCACUGUCAUUAAAUACUAUCAUGUACAUCAUAGCCCAUAUUUUAUUAUUUAUUUUGAUAUGGGUGUGAGACUGUGCUUGUUUGCCUGUGCAAUGUUGAACUUUGACCUGCAAUAUUGAUUUAUUUUUUGUGGAUUCUUGAUAGCUUGUUUAUUAGUUGUUUUAUUCGAUACUUGGAGUAUGAUUAACUGAUGUGGCGAUACAAGUAAAAGCUGCUUUAUUGAUCGGAUGAUCAAAAUGAGAAUUAAACCUUUAAUGAGAUGGGGAACAUUAUUGGAUGCUUAUGGGAAACAUUUCACCGAGCAUUGAAAUAGAAGUAGUAUAACUUUCCUUUGAUUUCCACCCUUGAAGCUUAGAACAUCAUGAUAUAUGGGUAUAUUUAACAUGUUACACACCCCCGCUGAGGUUGUUAUCAUACAUGAUAGACUAGGACUAAACACACUGCUAAGGGCAGUGUCCUCAUGGGAUAUCUGAUCCAUAGAUUUCCUGUACAUUGGUUUGGUACCAAACAACGUUUCACAUUCCCCUUAUAGCAAGCACAUUGAUCAAGUGUGGUAUGUUCACAAUUGCAUGUUACAAAGAAACAAACUGAGAAAAGCAACAAAGCACUGAUUCAGCAACAAAGGAAAUGAUCAUAAACUGCCAUUUUUUAGGAUAGCAGCCAUAUGUAGACAUAACAGCAUUCUAGAUAAAGACCAAUCCAUUGCACUAAAUGUACUUAGCUGUACAUGCACAGUUGUUAAUGCCUUGCAUUCUUGAAAAGACCAAAACCUUUGAGACAUAAAAUAUAUCAGUAGCUAGCACAUGAAGGGAAACAGAAGGUAAAGCAGUUGACGUACGCACAACAACUGCUUACAAGCGACCAAUUUAAGACAGUAGCCAAAUGAUUCACUGGUACCAAAUGAGUCACGCAUGCAGUUGUGAACAGCACACAAAAUAAUCAGUAUACAUUGAUUUACAGUAGUUGCAGUUGACUAUUUAUUGACAUAGCAACCUCUCACUUUACUUUAUGUUUACAUUACCAUAAACUAGCAUAUUGUACGUUCAAUGUAUGACCCCUUAAUCUAUAUAGGAACUUCAAGACGUUACCACAUUCCUCAAAAUUGACAGGUUUGGUGACCGCCGAUCUAUAAGUGUGCCAUGAGUAACUUCUCUCAUUGAUUAUUGCCAAAUCUUUUUGUAUGUCUUAAGUUUAUACUAUGUCAUAAAAAAACUGGAAUAUAGAUUUAAACAUGUAAAUUAAAAUAAAUAAAAUAUAACUUAGAUCAUUAAUAAAUAUUAUAGCUCUUUAUAACCUUUGACCCCUUGAAAAUAUUCUUGUAGUAGGGGGAGCAGUUUUUAUGAACUGAUUUGGGACGUGGAUGGCCAGUCUGUCGGAAAGUACAUUUGUUCACAAUUCCUCUAAGAAGCGCAGUAAUCUUAAAAGAUUCCAUUUGUUAUUGAAGAAUCAGCAUCAGCAUUGCAGCAUGUGUCUGAUCUGUGUUUCCAUAUCCUAUCUCUAUGUUGUCCUAAUUAUACCGCCCAUGAAAUGAUAAACAAGGAUGUCAAUAUUAAUGUUGUAUAGUAUGACAUGGAACGCUGUGAAAUGCUUAACUAUCUAUUUAUUCUCUCAGUGAACCAGUUCAGGAUAUUUUAAGUCAAGAUUGUUUCUAGUGCCUGUAGUUGCAUAUUUUCAAUUCUGUUACAGGGUUUUUUUGUAUUCUUAACUUGUUGCUCGGUCAACGGUCAAUCAUGAGUGCAAAAACGUAAUUAUAGCAAUAAGUGUUAGAUUAUUUGUCUUUUAACUCUCCCCAAAACACUAUUGGGAAAUGAAACAUAUUAUAUGCUGGGCCUUUUCCACUGAAAUGCUGUGUGUUGGCUUCUACUAAAUGGGACUGAAUGGCUUAUAUUCACUCCUAAAACUACCCCUAGGUCUUUGAGGCUUUUGUCAAUAAGAAUACAUUAAUUAAUUACAUGUAACAGAGAAUUUAUCACUGUCUUUGUACUGUGCUGUAGAAUAUGUAGUUGUUUGUAUGUAAGUAUAGAUCAUAAUAUUAGAAAAUUACAAUACUGUAUACAUGUGGAACCAUAAAAAAAUACAAAGGACAAAAAAACUGAAGUGUAAAUGACAGAAUACUAUUGUAUGGUGUCUUUGAUUUUGUGUAUUUUGUAAAUGAAAAUGGAAUAUAAGUAAAUACAUCAAAAUAAAUACUACUGAUUAUGAAGAAUACUUAAAUGUUACAACUUCAUGAUUCUGCUAUAAAGUUUGUGUGUGAGAUUUCUUUCUUAUCUUUUGUCAUUGUUUAUUUAUUUGCACUGUUGUGCAAUUGACCUUUUCAGAACUGCAAUGGAUAGCAAAGAAAAAUAAACUACUGUCCUAAUGAUGAAA